AUGGCAGAUCAAUCUAAUGAUGUUCCACAAAGUACAUCUAAUGAUGAGCUCAAAAAUGAUUUUCAUGUUGGUGACCUUUCCUCGUCGGAUACAACCCUACCAUCACCUGCCCAAAGUUCAGAGGAUCUUUUUAGUAAUGAAAACGUCACUUCUUCUAGUCUUAAUGAGCAACCAAGAAUACCAUCUGUGCGUGAUGAUCCUGUUGAUGAUGAAGAAUUAUUGCCUGGUCAAUCCUUGGGGGUUAUACACUAUAUUCAGGAACCAGACAAUGAAGUGACUGUUACUACAACUCCUUCUGACGAGGACGAAGAUAGCACGGAAGCAGUUGCUGAUACAUUAUUAGAACCCAGUCUGGACUAUUUAGAGUACGAUGCUGAAGGAACGAGUUUAGCAAUCUUUAGCGAAUCGAUUGCAGAAUCAAUAAUGGCUGUUAGAACUCAUCCACCAGCUAAUUUUCGUCUUGACUAUGAAUCUGAUGGUCGACGUCGAUAUUUUAGAGAUCCUAUGGUUAUUGAUGUAUGUUAA